UAUUCCAACUACAUACCAAUAUCAAAAUGACUUGUCGUUAGAAACAAAUGUCAUAAACCCUAAAUUCGGACAGAAAGACAUGGAACUCAGCAUUAGUAGUUAUUUAGGCGUGGAUCCUGCUCUGGAAGUACUCAUCAUCAACCUUUAUCUAAUGGUCAGUUUGCUCACCGAUCCUUGCGUAUUUAAUAUUUAUUCCGAUUUGCAGCUGAUCGACGCCCUCACAAUUAAGGAGAAGAACAGUGUGGUGGAUGUUAUAACGAAACUGUUCAUAUCCCUUAUCAUUGUUAUCAAAUGUACAACCAGCUACAUAAUGCUUGGAUGCCAAAUUAUGUCUUUGUAUCCCAUCUUUUAUUCAGAUAUGGCAGACUUACUAUUGCCUUUGAUUGUAGUCUGUAUCUUCCGCAACAUUAUCCUUCACACUGUUGAGCUAUUCAUUGGCAUAUUUUUCUGCUAUGGUGAAAUAAUCCCGAUUUUACCAUGCAUACUCUUCAUUAGUAAAUUUACUGUGAUUCUAUUGACAUCUUGCUACUAUGCAUUCAUUGUUACGAAGUUCUACAAUAUGAUCACAUAUCAAACAGCCGAGGUGGAUUUCAUCGAUAAUGAGGACAUCGUAAGGAAUAGACGAAUGAAAAGAUUGACUCCCCGAAAAUUGGAGUUUCCUCUGAUGGAUAAUAAAUUGGUAACUAGAAGCUACAGUGACGGAUCAAUUGAGAAUCUAUCAGUUAGUGAAUUAUCUACUGUAACGCCUACCUCUGAUCUUAAAUCUAAGACCUUCCGUAUAAGCUGGAGAGUGGAUUCUGAUGAAGAACAAAAAGGAUAACUGAAAAUCUUCCCGACCGGAUAUUCACCAUAGAUAAUAGUUGCAAAUUUACUUAGAUAGUCGCUAUCCGGGUAUUCAGAUUAAGGUAGGAAGAAAACUUGUGAAUUAUUAAAAAUAGAACUCUAUUAAGGUAUUCAAAAUAAGUAAAGUAACAGUAAAGUAAA